AUCUUCAAUAGUUGUACGCUUUAUCCAAUAGAAAAGUUAGAAGGGUAGCAACGAAUCCCACUGAUUUGCAUUUAGCAAAUUUGAUUUGCAUUUAGCAAUCAUGUUAAAUAUUUUCUCACUUCUCAGCUUAUUUGCUCUACAAAAUAUACACACCCCAAAACCCUAGAAAAUUUCAAUUCAAUCCAAUUCAUCAAUCACAAUGAGGAAAGGGAAAUCCGAAGGCAUCGAGCUUCUCUCUAUGUACGCUGACGACGACGAAGACGACGUCGAUGAACCACAUCACCAACCUCACCUCAAUGACGCCGUUUCGCCCCUACAGAACGACGCUCAAACUGUUAAAGAUCAAGGCUUCAAUCAUGAAUCAUCGACCGGUAGCGAAAAUGUCGGAGCUCGAGAGGGAGCUCCUCCGAAUUUAUCGGAGAAUUUGACUCCGGUUGGUGUAACGACGACACCGCGAGGAGUUGAGGUGGAGAUUAGUAGAAAGGAGAGGUUGACGAUUGUCGAUUACGGUCACGAUGAGGCUGCAUUGUCGCCUGAAGCUGAGGAAGGAGAGAUGGAAGGAACUGGUCGUGUUAUGUUCGGAGCUGACCUUCACAUGUUAAAUGGUGAGUAUUCAGAGCAAGUAACACUAGGAACUGUGCGGGGCUUGACUCCAAGUACUCACGCAACUCCUCAAUCAUCUGGACAACAUGAUGAUUCGCAGCCUGAGGCGAUGGAUUACACUGCAACUGCAUUAGUGGAUGUUCCGGAAAAUGUUGAAAUUUGUCCUAAAGAGCCUGAAGAUGCUGCUUUGGAUGCAUUCCUUCCACCACUACCGAAGGCCAAAUGCUCUGACGAACUGCAAGAAAAAAUUGUGAAAUUCCUUACACUGAGGAAGACAACUGGAAGAAGCUAUAAUGCGGAAGUUCGUAACAGAAAGGAAUAUCGUAAUCCUGAUUUCUUGCUGCAUGCAGUGACAUAUCAAGAUAUUGAUCAGAUAGGAACAUGCUUCAGUAAAGAUGUAUUCGAUCCUCAUGGAUAUGACAAAAGUGACUUCUAUGAUGAAAUAGAGGCUGAUAUGAAGCGUGAGAUGGAGAGGAAAGAGCAAGAGAAAAAGAAGAGUCAGAAAAUUGAAUAUAUUUCUGGAGGAACACAAGGCGGAACACUUCCGACACCAAAAGUUAACUUGCCUGUUCCAGGUGUAUCAUCUGGGUCAGGAGGUGGGUUGCUUUCAGUUCCUGCUGCAGUUGAUUCUGUAGUGCGGGAGGGUAGGCCUAACAAGAAGUCAAAGUGGGACAAGGUUGAUGGUGAUAGAAGGAAUCCUUUGCCAACUGGAGGGGCGGAUCCUCUGUCUGCAACACUUCUAUCUGCUGCUAAUGCUGGUACCGGAUAUUCUGCAUUUGCGCAACAAAGACGGCGUGAGGCAGAGGUGAGAAAGUCCGGCGACAGGAAAUUAGAGAGGAGAACUUGAUAAAAUUGCUUGGUAGAAAGUUAUGCCUCAGGGCCUCUUUUACAGACACAGAAAACAUUAGAGCGUUCAUUGUUCAUGGCAUGGCCAUCGUUGAGGAUUGUCAAGGUCUUGGGUUCAUCUGGCUUCUCAAUUGCAGCAAUACUUGUUUCAAGUCUAAAAAUUCUUGAUAAAAUGUAAAGUAGACAUCUUGGUUCUGUUGGCACAGCCUCACCAAAUGUAACGAUCUAUCAUACUUUUACAGGGGCGAAACAAAAAGGUAGCAUAUUUAAAAGCUCUAUCCGGGGUCCAUUGGCAAGAGUUUACAAACCCUUUUACAUCUUUGCCAAGUGCAAAAAAAAUCAAAAUUAUCAUAUUUCCUUUU